AUGCAGCUCCUCUCUCUUUUCACCUCUUUGGCUCUCGUGUCUGCCGUGGUCUCGUCUCCGGCAGCAGACUUGAACGUGAACGUUGCCCGCGCAGGCGAUCACGGCAGCUACAUUGUUCCUGGUCUCGGAGUUCGCAAGCAGGAGAUCUUGAAGGCCGGUGGUAACACUCGUGACAUGGCCAUUGCCAUGCUGGAGACCGACAACAUGGACACCAAUUACAAAUACGGUGACGGAAAGACCGGCGACGGCACCAACUUCGGCGUGUUCAAGCAGAACUGGUUCAUCCUGAGAAAUUCUGCCUCUGACUUCCUGGGUCAGACCGUUGACCAAGUCGACAACGGUGUUAUCCUCAACACCGAUCUGGCCAAGGACAUCAAGGCUCGUCACGAGGGCGAGGCUAAGUACGGUUAUGAGAAGUGGUUUAGUGGCCACCGCAAUGGAGAGUCUGGUCUCAACAACCCUGGCACUGAUGACAUCAAGACCUACAUGAGCGGCGUUGCAUGGAUUCAACAGCAGAUUGAGAGUGAUAAGAAGUACCAGAGCGACGAUACUCGAUUCUACGUUCAGGUCGUGGCUAUCUAA